CUCGGCGCGCGCGGGGGCGGCCCCGGCCCCUCAGCCGUGGCCCCGCUCCCUCAGGGCCGGAGCCGCUCCUGCACCAGCGUUCCCUGACACCGCCUGAGCCCUGCCCCGCUCCCGCCGGGGGCUCCCGGGUUACCUUCCCUUGGGGAGCCGGAAAAGGGGAAUCCUCCUCCACACCGCGUUUCGAAGAAGGGGAAAAAGGCUUCUUUGUGGCAAUGCUAGAUCCUUUAGAGAACAACUUGUUUGAUCUUCCGGAUUAUGAGAACACAGAAGACGAAACAUUCCCACCUCUUCCACCUCCUGCCUCUCCAGGAAGAGACGAUGCAGAAUGGGCUCAGGCUAAUGGAGAUCCAGAUGGAAACCAGCAGUCCCAAACAAAGGAUUCUGCUGUGACCACACAGAAAGCAGUUAAAAGACCAAGGCCUAGAUUAGAUGCCCAAAGAUUAAUUUCAGAAAGGGGACUCCCAGCUCUGAGACACAUGUUUGACAAUGUGAAGUUCAAGGGUAAAGGGCACGAGGCAGAGGACCUGAAGACACUGAUACAACAUAUGGAGCACUGGGCUCACAGACUGUUCCCAAAACUGCAGUUUGAGGAUUUUAUUGACAGAGUGGAGUCUUUGGGAAGCAAAAAGGAAGUUCAGACCUGCCUCAAGCGGAUUAGACUUGAUCUUCCUAUUUUACAUGAAGACUUCAAAAAUAAUGAAGCAGGAGAAGGGGAAAGCAAUGGGCUGGAUCCAGCUGCUGAAGAUGCACAUUCCCACUCUGGCAGUACAGAAGAACUGAAUUCCCUGCCUGGUGCAGCUCUGACAGAGGAGCAGCAGGAGCGGAUGAAGAAGAACCGGCAGCUGGCCCUGGAGCGGAGGCAGGCGCGGCUGCAGGGCCUCAGCCAGUCCCAGCACCAGGCAGAGCUCCCCAGUAGUUACUCAGAGGAGGAGUUUGACAGCCCAGUUGCUCAGGAUCCCACUGACCUUACUGAAGACACUCAGGUUGCUGCAGCCAAGGAUGCUCCCACAGAAGAUGAUGGAGAUGAUGAAUUGGAAUGUGCCAGGGAAGAGCAGUAACUUCCCCACACUGUGAGUGCCUUUCUUGACCAAACACCCCCCUGCCUCAAGUACUGUCACUAGACUGAAGUGUUGCUGGCUCUUGACACUCCGGAAGCUCCAGAGAAGUCUUUCCCAUGGCACCACUGAAGAACAGAACUCUUCCCUGGAAGCUGCACAGGAGCAGCUCCAUACACCAGGAAACAGAACAAAGUUCUUCAGCUGCACUUGAGCCAUCUUUUCCACCUCCCAAAACAUUUUUUAGGAAAUGUUUCUGAGUUUUUUGAACUACUUUGAGUAUAGCUUAUAAUUUAUGUUAAACUGAAUUAUCUGGGAUGUUGAUGGGUUAAGAUGCUAUUAAAGUUGUGUUUGGGUUUUUUUUUUAACAGGUCUUUUAGGGGUACUGGAUUUUUUUUUAACUGCUUAUCUAUUACUUCUCUAUUUUUCAUAUAAAUUGGAAGCUAUUAAAUUUCAGAAAUCAGACAUUAAAUUCUUGUAUGAAGCUGUUCCAAG